AUGAGGACUAAUGGUACCAUCAAGACAGAAUUGAGGACUAAUGGUACCAUCAAGGAACCCAACUUUAAGAAGGACGUGUCAAGCCAUAUUAGUGCUGUCCAGGACGAAUUAGAGGACGAAUGGUACCAUUAAAUAGGAACUCGGGGUAGCGUAGAAAAGGAACUACGCCGACUCUUUGUGGUUACUUCCAAGAAAACUAAUGAUGUUGGGUUUGUGUGAUACGACUAGGAUGGCAGAGUCAUAGAGAAUCGAAAAAACACCAGAAGGACAUCUACGUCUAGGACCAAAGGGAUGAUGGUACCAUCAAAUCAGGACUAAUGGUACCAACAAGAAAGAAUCAGAGGACUAAUGGUACCAUUCAGUAGGAGGCUAGUCGCUCUGACGUGUCGUCGGACCAAGAACUGCAUGAGCUGGAGGCUACACGGUUCACUCAAGUACGGACCCUACUUCUGCUACGUCGGCUAAGUAAGUUUUUUGAAUUUAUGAAGGUUUACUUCAUUAGUUUAGUUGGUGUUUACAUACCUAGGUUGAUGUAUGUUUCAAUAUUUUUAGCUGGUUUUAUGUACAAGGACGAAGAUGAAGUAAAAGAUGUUUGUACGAUCGAAUCAGAGGACUAA